AAUAUGCGUUUUUAUCUUUUACUGUGUGCGUUAGCUUCGAUCAUUUUAUUCGUCAAUUGCCAAGCAUUACACAGAAACACAAAUGUCUUUUCAUUUUCGAACUUUGUAGAACACAGAUCUUCUUAUCUAAAUGUCACCGCAAUCGUCAAAAGUUUUGAGAGCAACCCUGUUUUGUGUUGGCUGAAGUGCUUGGACGUGCUGUCGUGUUUCUCUGUGAACGUGGCGUCGAGCAAAAACUCCGAGUCCAAGUUCUGGUGUGAGCUUCUCGUCACCGAUAAGUACAACGCCUCGGACAAGUUCCUGUCGAACAGCUCAUCCAACCACUACAGUAUCAGCCAUCCUUGUCAGGCUUCGCCUUGUAUGAAUGGAGGCACGUGUCAAGCUAACUAUCAAGACGACACUUUCACGUGCUUGUGCCGACCAAACUACUUUGGACUUUGCUGCCAAAAGGGUCCCUCGCGGGCGCUUGGGAUGCUAAGUAGAGAGAUUCGUGAUGACCAGGUCAGCGCCUCGAGUUCGUAUGACUAUCGCCAUGGUCCUCACUUUGGCCGUCUCCACGAAACUCCUGCAGUCGGCAGCUUUGGAUGCUGGUCAGCAGCAAGGAAUGAAGUUGACCAGUACUUACAGAUCGAUCUGUUGGCCAAGACCUUGAUUACUGCGGUGGCUACCCAAGGUCGCCCAGGUGCAUCAUGGGGACAGUGGGUCACAUCAUACAGCUUGAGGUACAGCAAGGAUGGGCUCAAUUGGAACGACUACCCCAACGGAGGCGUGGCCAAGAUUUUUCCUGCAAAUACGGAUACCACGUCUGUAGUGUCGCAUUCCCUUGUUGAACCAAUCGAUGCACGAUUCCUCCGGUUCAUGGCAAAAUCUUGGAGAAACCAUGUCUCCAUGAGGGUAGAGAUGUAUGGCUGUAGGUAGUAUACGGCUGCUGUAGGUGGAAGAUGGCUGCUGUAGGUAGUAGAUGGCUGCUGUAGGUAGUAGAUGGCUGCUGUAGGUAGUAGAUGGCUGCUGUAGGUAGUAGAUGGCUGCUGUAGGUAGUAGAUGGCUGCUGUAGGUAGUAGAUGGCUGCUGUAGGUAGGAGAUGGCUGCUGUAGGUAGAAGAUGGCUGCUGUAGGUAGUAGGUGACCGCUCGAAUCAUAUCUCAUACGCUAAGGAAAAAGCAAUUGACAUCUCUCAGGGAAAAAAAGGAGGACCUAGAAAACUCAAGAGCCACACGAAUGACAAUCACUAGCUAAAGUGGGGUACCACUUCUAAAUGAUUAGGCAAAGAGAAGCUGCAAUUCAACGAUUUUGCUUAGCGAGAGAAAGCACUCGCAAACGCGCCACUUUGGAGCUCUCCACAGAGACAAAAAGUAUUUCUAACUUACAGCUGAAAGCAUCAGAACUUUGUUACUGAACUUCUUGGUUUUCAAACAAAUCACAGUUAAUAUUCAGGCGAAAAAUAAAUAAAGCACAAUGUUGACAGGAUCUCA